UGUAUAUAAAGUCUUCGAGGACGACCUGCGCGUCUCUGCAGAAACGGAGCUUGUUGUGCGUUCUCUGUGUGCAAUGUUUACUCUUCACUGACCUUCAUCAUGUCCUUGCGACUGCUGCCCAUCCCACCGCUCGACCACUGCUCCGUGAGUGACUGAACGCUUCACAAGCCUCCAACAGCUCUGCAUAUCCAAGUUGCAAACAAAGCAAAGCAGAGCAAGCAAAACAAAACAAAACAAAAGAUCCAGUGCUCAAUGCCGGCCUUCAACCUCUGCUCCUAAUGCUCGAUGGACGAUUGAAAUAAACAAGGAGUGAAAGAAGCUGGAUCUCCAUCUGCAUUGAGGCCAUAUAGCUUGUACACGCUCUGCUGAACCAACUCUUCUUCCUGGCCAAAGCCCUAAACUCAGUUCCACACCUUUCUCCCAAAAUCAACAGCCAUCCACCUUCACCAUGGAAGCCCCCUAUGUGGGACAACCUCCUCCCCAAAAAGUAGGCCGAAUGAUGGCGGCCAAACGUGAUGCAAACCCGACCCUGAAGGAGCCUCUUACGAUCAAUACGGACACGAAGGGCUACCGUCUGUCGGGCCAAUCCUCCAUAUCGCAGUCCAGACAGAACAGGAACUCGACCCUGACAGAGGCGCCGACUGUUUCUACACAAAGCCCGUUCGUGUCGCCGACAGCUUCGAGCUUUCGUGGAGACGGGUUAACACCUCGACCUCCAUCGUUUGGAUAUGCCGGAGUCGAUUACAGCAAGGAAUUUACGGACAGACGCCGAAGACGAGACUCGCGGAACAGAGAACAAUACUUCGACGAAGUCCCACCCCCUGCGGCACCAGACGCCCCCAGACCUCCUCCGCCUACCAGCUACAAGCUGCCAUACAGCAACGGGGCGUCCCCAACCUACCAAACUGCUGUUCGUCCAAGGUCGGCUCGAAGACCUGAAGGACCAAUGAGUCCUGGCGAGAUCCCCCAGGAUUAUAUUUACGGUAUGAGAGACGGAUACAGAGGCACAGAGAGAACAGGUGGUAGUGGCAGGGGGGUGGGUACCGCAUCUGGAUGGAAUCAUGAGAGGUCGGAAUACCUUGAUGGGCCCCAAUCACGGCCAAGGAACGCAUCGAUUUCAGAAGGGGGGGCACAACGACGUAGAGACUGGGCGCCAGACAGGUCCCCUCUACAGAGGCUAGAACGGACGCUAGACGGAAUCACCAAGGAAGAAAAGCGAGCCCGUGCUGAGCAAGCUGAGCUUCUUGCAAGAGAGGCCAAAUCUGAUCGUGGAGAUGAGCGAACAGCACGAACUUCUGUUCGUUUCAGGAAUCGGCCUGUUGUGAAAGCGCCAGAGUCCAGCUCACAGCCGGGGCCCCAGACUGUACCUGAAGCUGGACUGGCCACGAACCCAAGCAGGAAACAAAAGGAGCAGCCACAACGAAGUGGUACUGUUGAAAACAGGCGCGCAGUUCCAGCUGAUGUACCAAUCCUUUCACCCACAAGCAGAGGUUUCGAUUAUCAACCGCAACAGAACGUUGAUCCCCAGAAACCACAGAGCCGUCCUACUUCUCGACGCGGAUCGAGCACUCAUGAGCGAGCUGCCAUACCAGCUGUAGGAGCAGCUGGAGUAGCCGCUGGAGUAGCUGCAACAGCAUGGCUCUCGUCCCGCAGCGAAAGCAAUAAGUUGCAGAAUGAAGCACCUGGAGAUCCCUGGAUCAGUCGUAGAAGUAGUGCUGAGAAGCAAUAUCAGGAGGUCACUGCCCCGCGAAGACCGUCCGUCAACGACAGUUUUCAACAAAUUGCGACCGGAGCGAGCCCUCCUAGGGGCACCGCAUUCAGUAGUCAUCCUCAAAUCUCCAAAGACAAGCAACUUCCCUCAUUGCCCCAGGAGGCGCUUACAUUUGCAGAGCCUAUUGGUGACAAUGGUAACGUCGGGGUUGAUGCUAAACCUACUCGGCGAGGAGACUCACGAAAAAUUGAGCAAUUGACAGGAGCUCAGGCACCCACCAACCAGCAUCAGAUGUACCGCAGUGGUUUAGGUGGCUCUGGAAGCCUUGCACGUCCUACUAGUCAACGCCAACCUGGAAUGGCUCAACCUGCGACAGUCAACGGUGCCAAGAGCGCAAUUCUUGCACCCAACAAUGGAGAUUAUGUGCGAAGUUCGGAUCGCCAAGGGCACCAAGGGGGGCAUCACAUCUCCAAUAUCUUUCAUCCUGGGAGGCCUGCAGGACCAGGAGUCUAUACCCCGAAGAAACGCCUGGAUGAAUGGAGAAAGGGUGGGGUUGUUCUGCUGGAUGGAGCAAUGCUCGACCUAGACGUGAUGGAAAGAUCGGAGGCAGAGAAGAACAAGGCUUGGUGGGAAGCAGGAAACACCGGUAGAAGGAGGAGCUCUACAACACAACGGAAAAUAGAGGCUUACGAUGGGGAAUAUGAUAACACAAAUGCCCCUACAAGAUUCACACCACCUUUGUUCCUCAAGAGUGGCCCGUUAUUACGGUAUUGCGGCAUGCGUCGGGAAAGACGCCAAGGUCGUUAUCCGCCUAAUGUUCCGAGACCUGAGCGAGAAAUAUGGAGAGGAAGUGUGAUGAUAGUAACUGAAGACUCAAGGUCUUCUUACGAACUUGCGCCGACUCUUCGGCUAUUCGUCCAGCCGAUGGACCUUUUACCUCCUCCUCCAGCGCGUGUUGAUGGGGAGGCUGGUGAGCUUGCUUCUGAAUACAUCGAUCCAAUUGCAGGUCUUCCCAAGGUUGGACGAGAUGGCAGAACUCUAUACGUUCGACCUGUAGACCAUCUUAACGAGAUGCAGGACUUAUCCAAGGAGGAAUCAGAUCAGGGGAUCUUUGAAACCCGCCCUACCCCACUCGAUGGCAUUAAAGAUCCGAAGAAGGCUACGCGCAAGAUGCCAUAUUACGAUGGAGAGAAAGCCGGGAAGUACAAAGAAAUCCGAGGCUUCCGACUGCAUACAGAAUACGGGGUUACCUUCUGGAGGUUCAACAUUGAAAUAGAACUUCGAGAGAAGCAACAACGUAUUGCUUAUCGAAUCAAUCGUGGCCCUGCGACUGGAUUCUGGGUCCCGGCUCGUGACCAGGUCAUGAACAUCAUGUUCUACAGCUGCAAUGGUUUCAGCGCAGGAGUUGACCCUAACCAGUUCAAUGGUCCGGAUCCAAUGUGGCGAGACGUUCUGAACACACACCAAACCCAGCCAUUCCAUGUCAUGCUUGGCGGUGGAGAUCAACUAUAUAAUGAUGCUGUCCAACACGAAACUGUACUAUUCAAGCAAUGGACUGAAAUCAGAGAUCAACACCAUAAGCAACGUAUGCCAUUCACGCCAGAACUCCAGGAGGAACUCGAAUUGUUCUACCUGAAUCGAUAUUCAAUGUGGUUCUCGCAAGGUUUAUUCGGUUUUGCGGCCUCACAAAUCCCAAUGAUCAAUAUUUUUGACGACCAUGAUAUCAUUGAUGGUUGGGGGUCGUACCCUGAUCAUUAUAUGAGGUCGCCGAUCAUGUCAGGUCUGGGAUCAGUCGCCUUCAAGUACUACAUGUUAUUCCAACACCAAAGUAGCAUCGACGAAGGGGAGGACACUGAACCCAGUUGGAUUUUAGGUACACAUCCAGGUCCAUACAUUCCGGAGUUAAGCCGAAGCAUCUUCACGCAUCUUGGACGGAGUGUAGCUUUUCUUGGCCUUGAUUGUCGAACGGAGAGAACGAAUGGCGAGGUUGUCAGCGCCGAAACUUAUGACAAAAUCUUUGACCGACUUGAAACAGAUAUCGUUAAGGGAGAAACAGAGCAUCUCAUAGUUCUGUUGGGUGUUCCGAUUGCAUACCCGAGAAUGGUCUGGUUGGAAAACAUCCUUACAUCUAGAGUCAUGGAUCCCGUCAAAGCACUUAGCAGGAUGGGACUGCUGGGCAAAGGUCUCUUAAAUCACCUGGAUGGAGGAGUCGAAAUCCUGGAUGACCUAGACGAUCAUUGGACAGCUAAGCAUCAUAAAGAUGAACGGUAUUUCCUCAUCGACGAGCUUCAGAACUUGGCUGCCGAGAAAUCUGUCCGCAUCACAAUCCUUGGUGGCGACGUCCAUCUCGCUGCAAUCGGCCAGUUCUACUCUAACCCGAAGCUCAACAUUCCGAAGGAUCGUGACUACCGCUACAUGCCAAAUAUCAUAUCUUCAGCCAUCGUCAAUACGCCUCCACCAGAUGCGAUUGCUGAUUUUCUUAAUAAGCGCAAUAAGAUUCAUCACCUCGAUGCGGACACAGAUGAAGAUAUGAUUCCGAUUUUUACUCACGAUGUCAAUGGAAAGCAGAGAAACAACAAGCGAUUGCUGAAUCGCCGUAAUUGGUGCUCAAUCCGUGUUUAUGAUCCUGAACGAAGCCCUCCACCAACCGCAGAUGAAGCGUCUUUCGACCGAAGCCCGAGUCCACCAAAACGUGAGGGUCUCCUCCGACGCCUCUCAAGCUCCCGAGGCCGAGGACCCCGCUAUCGUCCUGACGGUGGCAAUCCUGAUCCUUCCCGUCCACCUCUUUCAAACCCUGGCUUCUUUAACCGCCGCCCAUCCUUUUCACGCUCACGCCGAGGCUCUACCGAGUCCCAGAGGUCGAAUAGUGUUAUAAGGCGAACGCUCUCACUAACCCGCAAGGAUUUCUUACCGGAGGGUCUCUUCCGCCGAAAUAGUAAAUCGAGACCUGACGAUGGCGGUAUAAACGGCUAUGGAGCGGAUAGCGAUGACGACGUGCCUUACCAUCAACAGGAUGUUCGCUCCGGACUCCGCGGCGGCGGGCUGGAAGACGACGAACGUUACUUCCCCAAGCCUUUCGGUCGCACACCCGGCCACCCCGUCGAAGAUCCAAGUAUGUCCAUCGCAGGCCCAUACCCUCAACCUCAACCUGCUCCCCCAACCAACAAAUACCACAUCGUGCCUACCUCUCAGUUGGAAAGACCUGGCAAGGCAGUGGGAGGAGGAGCUAUUAACCUUGAGGGAGGCUUGGACAUCUGCCUCAACGUGGAAGUUAAUGCCAAGGAUCCGGCUGGCAUCACCAUGCCAUAUCGAUUAUUGGUACCGAGACUCUGGUAUGAAGAGGAUGCGGAGCACCAGGGACAAGCGGCGGAAAACCUCAACACCGGCUUGAAGAGGUGGGAAUCUUUCUCCGACAAGAAUAAUCGGAGAAGAAGACUGAGCUUCACCAGAAGAACGGAGGGCUCCGCUAACAGCGGACAGGGUUGAAUUCAUGAGGGACACGAUUAGAGAAGAGAAAUGAGAAACAUGAGGAAAUAAUGCCAAAGGGGGUUCGUAGAAUGGUUUGUAGAAUACCUAGAUAGAUAGAAAGUUUGAGAAGUCCUCUAUCUCUCUCUCUUGUACAAGUUAUCAAAUCAAUUUCUAUCUACCCCCGUACCACCCUCCAUAUAUCUAUCUAUCCC